UACAAUGAUGGGACCAACUCAAAGCCUCCAAGCCAUGGGCCUGGACUCCUUCCUAGAUAGCUCUCUGGCUUGCUCCCUCCUUCACACUUUGACCUCAUGGCACCAAUGGUUGUGCCACCUGACACUCUACCCUACUGAGGUAUGACUCUACAAAAAAACUUCCAAAUUGUAUCCAUUCAUCAUUAACUGAGAUUUUUCUUUAACAUAGCAAGUGGCUGAAAUAGCAAGGAUGUUAACUAUUUUUUAUUUUUGUUCAAGAGGCCAUUUGCCCAGAGUGGAUUUGCCAUACAUAGAUUUUUUCAGCUUUAAAAAUCUUCAGCAUAAAAAAGUAUUAAAAGAUGAUCUUUUAAUUAAAUCUCUCUUUUGUGUCCUCAUGUUCACAUUAAUUUGAUGUGUUCUAUCAUCAUUUACAAUGCUUAUUACUUCUGCAUUUCUUUACAGACAAGUGUAUAUUAUACACAUAUUUUAUUUUAGACAUUACAAAAACAUAUUUUUGUGCAUUUUGGAUUUCCUACAUUUACCUGUACAGACAAGUAUAUUUUAUACAUAUCUAUUUUUUUAACGACAUUUUUGUAUGUAUUCCAUAGACAGAACUACAUAUAUUGGAAUCGAACGUUCGCAGAGAUUGUUUUGACUGGAGUGAUGCUUAGGACUUCAUUAAAAAAUCUAUCACGUUUUAUUUUACCACUACAGUCUGUUCGUCGGACGAAACUGGAGAAAAAUAACUAGUGUCGAAAGUAAACAUCGGCACCUCGAUGGUGUCAACUCUGCUUAUGUCUGCGUAAUGAAAAGGUAGGGGGGAAAAGAAAAAAACAUCUGGUCUAGCGAUCGAUGACAAAUUAAAUGGUGCCCGUGUAACAGUUUUACUUCUGUCCCGAACCAGUGACCCUUUGCACACAUAUACAACAGUUACCCAUCGCUCCACAAAAGCCGCGGCCCUUACAGAGUAAGGGGAACAACUACUGCAAGGUCUCAGAGCGAGUGACGUCACCGAUUGAAACGCUAUCAGUGCACUACCCCCCAAACUAGCUAGCCAUUUCACACCGGUUACAUCCAGCAUAACCCCUCAUUCAAUUACGCCAGUGGCAAACAGUGAAAUGUGAGGAGCAGGAACAGCUAUAGCCCUCAAACUCACCUCUGGGUCUCAAAGCCAGUUCCACUGCAUUUCUCCAUUGUUCUCCUGUCAUCGGGGACUGAUCUAGACCUGGGACACCAGGUGGGUGCAAGUCAUUAUCAGUUAGAACAGAAAACCAGCAGGCUCGUAGGGCAGGGGAGCGUUUCCCAAACUUGGUGUGCAUUUUGGUUUUUGUCCUAACACUACACAGCUGAUUCACAUUACCAAAUCUUGAUGAUUAGUUGAUUAUUUGAAUCAGCUUUGUAGGGCUAGGGGAAUAAAAAGAAAAUGUGCAGCCCUUUGGGGUUCAGGUGACUGAGUGUGGGAAGCCUUUGUCAUAGGGUGAAAGUUGAAUACCCCUGGACUGUAGGCUGCACACCUUGGGUCAAAUAUUAGAUUCUGUAGCUGUGUAUUUUAUCAAAACAAUUCUGUUCUACAAUGGUUCCUUUCCUUAGUUCAGGGUUGUUUUGGCUAUUGUUGGCAGCUGUGGGCAUACAAGCACAACAGAAACCUUCUAUAAAUGACCUCAACGCUGAAUGCCUUGGUAACGUUAUUCGUUUGAGUGUCGCUCCUCUUUUUAAAGAGGUUGAUGCUGUCUUCAAUGACACACAAAUCAUAAACCUGACGCCUGGCCUUGCUACUCAGUGUGGAUUCAGCUUUAAAUUUGACCCCAUGGGGAAUGCCAUGUUUUUUGCUUCUCUUCAAAACUGCUUUUCCCAAAACAUGGAUGAUAAGAUGUUCAGCUUGGUCAUGCAGUUCAGGCUGCCAGGAAACCACAUGAAUGAAGACCCUGUGUAUAGAGUGGGCAAAACCUGUAGCUACACCCCCAGGACCUCCCGAGAGAUUCUGUGCGACCGCAACUACAUGGAGGUGUCUGUCAGAAGGACUCUUCCAGACAUCCAAACCGUCCCUGAACAGCCCACUGGAGGCCCGAAAGCAAGGAGCGGCAACUUCCGGAGAGGAGCUGAGGCUGUUGCUUCAGGAUACAAAAUGACAACGGUUGUCUUUAGUCCUAGCAAGAAGGUCAUGAGUGUGGAUGAGGUCCAAAGAAAGGGCUAUGCAAUAGCCAACACUCCCACACGGCUGGUGUUAAGAAGCCCUCAUAAUGCAGAGGAGACAUACCUCCAGAAUGUAGCUGGGGUUCCGAUGCGGGUGCUCUCAGCCUCAACCUUCUUUGAGCAGAAGUGGCUGGUUACUCGAGUAGAUGCCACGGCUGUUUGCUCCAACACCAGGUUGAGUGUGAAAUAA